UGAACGGGUUGAUCGCGCUGAACGCGGCGUGGCGGCUGUGGCCCGGCAAUGGCAAGCGGUCGACCCAGUGCCGGCAGUGGACUGGGAUCAAGUGCAACCCGCAAGGCAUGGUCACUGCGCUCGCAUGGGAUGGCAACACCGCAUCGACAAUCAUUGAAGGACCGAUACCGCCUGUCAUUGCCACUUUCACUGCGCUCUCCGUUCUGGACCUCCCGUCCAACGCCAUCAAUGGAACCAUUCCAGUGCGCACUUUCCAGCAACUCAAGCAGCUGCAGAUACUGGAUCUGUCUCGGAAUAACCUUGUGCCGCCCUUUCCAGCCCGCGCUUUGCAGUAUAUGACAGGCCUGCGAGUGCUGGAUCUGCAUCUCAUGGAACUUGACAGCCCGCUUGACAUGCUUGGUUACUCCACCGCCUUUCAAUACAUUGACCUCUCAUAUACUGAAUCCACAGGCGCCCUCCCACCUUCACUUGCUGCAGCCUCCAACCUCUCUCACCUGGACCUGAUGUACAACUAUCCCACAGGGAGCAUUGUCAGCAUUCUCAGCAAUCUUACCUCCCUUACCUUCCUCUCCAUCAUCAAGGCUGUUGACCUCAUCGAUAGCUUUGCCUCCUUCUCCUCGCUCUCUCGCCUCUCGCUCCUGCAACACCUGGAGUUGGUGUCGUUGCACAACAUGACGGGCAGCCUCGAAGACAUGACCUUCCUCACGUCCCUCCCUAAGCUGCGCCAUCUGCAUUUCGGGGAUAUGAACGUGGAGGGGGAGCUUCCUCCCGAGCUCAUCCUUCUUGAUAAGCUCACCUACCUGGACCUGAGCUACCUCUAUUUCAACGACGUGCCUCUCUGGCUAGGGACCUUCACCAACCUCCGAACCCUUGCCAUCUCGGACACGCGCAACAUGCGCUCAGGGGCCGUGCCGCAGGACCUCUCUCGCCUCUCGCACCUCGUGGAGUUUAAGGCAGGAGGGAACGGUCUCGUUGGCUUCCUCCCCGACUCAUGGGCCUCCCUCACUGCCCUCACACUGCUGGAUCUGAAGGAAAACGGCCUCUUGGGCUCCAUCCCAAACGCCUUCUCCAACCUCCAGAGCCUCGGCACACUGGACCUGUCCAUCAACCAGAUGAGUGGCUCGCUGCCCACCUCCUUCAGUCCCGCCCUUCAGUACCUCCGUCUCAACGACAACCAGUUUCAAGGCUCUCUGCCAUCUGCCCUCGGCAAUCUGCCAUCUCUCGCCACACUCAAUCUGGGUUCCAACCGCCUUACAGGAACAAUUCCCAAGGACUUCACAGGACUCUCCGCCCUCACAGAUUUGGUGCUGAACUACAACCAGCUGUCAGGAGGGCUGGAGGUCAUUGCCAACAUGCCGUAUCUCAUCAUCUUUGAAAUUGGUUCCAACAACUUCUCAGGGUCGCUGCCUGCUGAUUUCUCCAAGCUCGCCUCUCUUAUGAAUUUCAUUGUGAAUAACAACAGCCUGGCAGGGGAGUUUCCGUCUGUGCUUCUGGAUCUCACCGCACUUGCAGGACUCGACUUGUCAUAUAACAGACUCCAAGGGUCCAUUCCAGACGCCCUCACUAAACUCACAUCUCUGGAAUCUUUGCAUUUGGAGCACAACCAGUUCUCUGGGGAGGUGCCGGCCUUCCUCUUCCAAUUCCCCGCACUCGCAGAGCUGUACCUCUCAGACAAUCAUUUCCAAGGCAGCAUUCCUCAAAGCCUCGACGCCAGUACCACGCUCGGCACUCUCAAUCUAGAGGGCAACUCGUUCAGUGGCCCUCUGCCUGACUUCGCCCAGUGGAACACCAGCCUCACUGCUCUAUACCUUGGGUUCAACAAUUUCACAGGCUCCAUUCCUGACUCGCUCACUACAAUCACCUCCCUCCUUACCAUCACUCUUCAGUUCAACCAGCUGUCGGGCAGCAUUCCAACUUCUCUUUCGGCUCUCACGACCCUUGACACGAUAUGGCUGGCAGGCAAUCAGCUCUCAGGCACUAUCCCUGACUUCUUUGCAUCCCUCUCAAACAUGCGACAGCUUAUGCUGGAUGACAAUCAGAUCUCGGGCUCUCUGCCAGCUUCCUUCUGCAAUCUCAAGCGACUUGAAUACUUUGGCGUGCGCAACAACCGCAUGUACGGGCCGCUGCCACGCUGCAUGUUUGACUUCCUCGGACUCAACUACCUCGACGUGCGCAACAACUCGUUCUACGGCACCAUAAACCGCGACUUCAAGGGCAUGAACAACCAGCCCACAGCGCAGAACCCCAAACCCGCCGCGCUCAACCUCGCGUCCAACUACUUUUACGGAGAGCCCUUUGUGUAUGCCGCUGGUAGCAUGAUCUGCCCGACACCCGUCGUUCGCGACGUUGACUACCACGAUAUAGCCUCCAUAGGGGCGACCGCAGGCGGGGUGGUGGCGGCAGAUUCAACUUCCGGGCGGCAGGACUAUCGGGUGUCUGUGGCGUAUGAGAAAGGGCAGGCGAGUCUGCUGCAGAACUGUCUGGCAGUGCGCGGCGAGGCGGGGUGCCUCGUGAACGAGACGCAGCGGGCGCCGGAGGAGUGUGCAGCGUUUUGCAGCAUCACGGAGAGUGGCGUGUGCAACGGGGUGGGGGACUGCGUGCUGCCUGAGCCGGGGAGCAGCGGGCAGGGCUUCACGUGCCGCUGCAAUGCGCCGUAUUCCACUGUGCCUGCUGCCAAUGGCAAUGGCUCCUCCUGUGCAAUUCAGACCACCAAGUCCUCGCUGUCAACGGGGGCGAUAGUGGGCAUCUCAGUGGGGUGCUUCACGGGACUUGCUCUCAUUGCCGCGGUGCUCGUCAUCAUGCUCCGCAAGAAGAAGAGACGCCGAUGGGACGACCUGGAUGUGUGUCAGGAGUUCUCCAUCGCCACGAUACGCAAGGCCACCAACGACUGGGCGGAGGGGAACGUGCUGGGCGAGGGGGGCUUUGCUGUCGUGUACAAGGGCGUCAACCCCGCCACCGGGCAGCUCUGGGCCAUCAAGAGGCAAACGCUCAUGUCUAACGACUUUGAAAUGGAGGUGCGGGCGAUGGCGAGUCUGAACCACAAGAACCUGGUGCGGCUGCUGGGGUUCUGUCUGGACAUGAACGUGGAGAGCGGCAAGCAGGAGCAGAUCCUCGUGUACGAGUUCGUGCCACACCGCGACUUCCAGUACCACAUCCACAAGCCCAAGCGCCCGUUGAACCUGCGGCAGCGGUUGAAGCUGGCGGUGGGGGCAGCGGAGGGGUUGGCAUAUCUGCACGGCUUUGAGAAUCCCAUCAUUCACCGCGACAUCAAGCCAGCCAACAUCCUCGUUGGGGAAAACCUCACAGCCAAGAUCGCAGAUUUUGGGCUGCUCAAGACGCUCAAGGUGGGGGAUGAGACCGCAACCAGGGUGGCGGGCACACCAGGCUAUGUGGACCCGGAUUACAAUCGCACCCAGAUGGUCACCACCAAGAGCGAUGUGUACAGUUUUGGGGUGGUGCUGCUGGAGAUGCUGACAGCGCGCAAGGUCACCAUGGGCGGCAGCUCCCACAUCGGCAAAUGGGCGAGCAAGAUGGUGGCAGAAUACACGCUGGACGAUCUGAGGGACAAGUCGCUGGAGAUUCCCGAGGAGGCCAUUGUGGAGUGGGCUGACCUGGCCCUUGACUGCAUCAAGGCGCCCGGGUCGCGGCGGCCUGAGAUGAAGGACGUGGUGAGGCGGCUGGAUCACCUGCUGCAAACCUACACGGAGGAGUAUGAGGGCGAGAAUGACCUUGGUGGGAUUGUUUCUGGGUUGAGCAGCAGCGCGAGCGAUGCGGGGCUGAGGAGCCAGGCUGGCACGAGCUCAGCCGUUGGAUCGGGAAUGAGCUUCCCAUCUUCCGGGGUGAUGCAUUCGUCGUUUAACAGCACGGUGCAGAGCGGUGUGAUGAGUAAGGCCCCGGUGAGUGGUAUCAGCGAGGUAUCGGGUGUGAGCAUGGCAUCGGGUAAGAGUGGGGCGGCUGGCUCGAGUACGAGAUCAAAGCUGAUGAUGUCUGUGGCGUCUGCACUGGGCAUGAGUGAAGGGGAGAUGGCGGGAGGGGAGGGCGGUGGGGAUAGUGCAGUGAUGCAGCCAGCAGGCGGGAAGACGGCUGGUCACAGCCUUCAGAGCCUCUUGAGUGUGAAGGAGGUUGAGGGGAGAUGA